AUGUGUUGCCGACUGCUCACUUCUUUUCUCUAUUUCUUUCUUUUUCUUCAUUUGGUUUACUCGUCGAUCGAUUUCGAAACCGAAGAAAAUCGAUAUGGAUUGUCGAUUCCAAAAGAUGCGAAACAUCGACCGGAAGUUUUGAAUCGAGUGGAUGAGUUGAGGGAUCAGGGAUCAUUGCUUUUCGGUGAUGUGCCAGAGAAUCGGUGUUUCUGCAGUUACGGGCACGAGGCGGGGGUUUGCGAUCGAAACGAAACGUGCAUCAAGCACCCAUUGGCCGCCUGUUAUCACGCGAUCGAAUUGAUUUCGAAGACGAGGAAUACGAUUUCAAUGAAA